AUGGCAGGUGCGAGCAGCGGCUUCGUGCUAUCAUCAUCUGACAUUGCUCAUGCAAAUAGUCUCAGCAAUGAUAAACCAGCAUCAAACAGUCGCGAGCCUCAUCCAAAAUGGCAACGCACAUUCCCCAUCCCUUACAUCACGGUCACCAGAUUCCCGAAUCUCCGUCACCGACAAGACCAGCCUCGCGAAAGUCAUAGGUCUCAGACACUGACUCGCAAGUAA